AACCUCAGUCUGCUGUCGACGCCGCACCGUUCAAGUUUAUUCUCACAUCCGCGCAAAGAACAGUGAAGAGAAUCGGAGAUAAAAGUGUAAUAGUCUUGCAACUCAAUUGGGCUACACAAGUGUAUCGGGAGCUCGUUGCCUUCAACUACUCCACUCUAAUUUCGAACCUGUAAGUAAUUGAGUAUGACACACGGCCAUUACGUCCUGCUGAGUCUUCUGGUUGGAACCAGUUUAGCUCUACCUUCUGUUGUUGAUGAGUCAUGUUCGGCAUUCCAUGUUGAUUCAGCCCAAUGCUUACCUUAUUGGAGCUUGAAGGGAGAGGCAGCCAAGCCGCCAUUACUACUAGUCUCCCUCGACGGCUUCCGGUCCGAUUAUCUCGAGCGGCUAUCGAGAACAUCCUCCACAAAAGGACUUGUUCGUCUAGCUCGUUGUGGAGUCAAAGCGGCUUCGAUGAUUCCAGUCUUUCCCACCAUCACCCUUCCAAAUCACUACUCCAUCGUCACGGGAUUGUAUCCGGAGUCGCACGGUAUCGUAGCCCACGAAUUUUACGACCCAGAACUCGGACGAAACUUCAGUUUACCAGCGGCUGGUUUCAACUUUUCAGCUCCGAAUCUACUCGAUCGUACCUGGUGGCUAGGUGAACCCAUCUGGUUCACUAUCAGACGACAAGGAAAAAAGAGUGCUUCUUAUUUUUGGCCUGGAUCUUACAUUGACGAUCCUAUUCGAGCACCUGAUUAUUGGUUACCUUACAACGGAAGUAUUCCUUUUGAGCAACGUAUAAGUCACGUCAUUGACUGGCUGCUUUUACCUCAGCCAAAGCGACCGAAUUUCAUCGGAUUAUAUCUCGAAGAACCCGAUGGUUCUGGACACAACAACGGGCCUGAUUCGAAAAUGGUAGACGAACAGAUUCUAAAAAUCGAUAACCAAAUCGAUUUUUUAAUUGAUAGCAUGGCUGCCAAAGGUCUUUUGGGAUGUGUUGAUAUUAUUGUUGUGUCAGACCAUGGCAUGGCGUCUGUCCCGAAGAAUCGUAACGUCAUGAAACUCGAGGAAAUUAUUAAAGAUGUUGCUAGUUUAGCGUACUGUUACGAUUGUGCUGAAGGCUUGACUCCCACUCUCCGUCCCAUCAACGAUUCACAGAUGGAACGGGAUCGAAUUGCUGCCGAUAUUGAGUGCCGCAAUGAACAAGUACGCGUUUACGACAAAUGGGAUUUUCCACGACGUCAUCAUUAUGCCAACAGCCGAAGGAUUUCCAGUUUGCUUUUCGACUUGAGUAUUAGUUGGAGAGUCAUUGUUGGAACUGAAGAUUAUUUACCUGGAGGCCACGGCUGGGAUAACACAUAUACUGACAUGCAAGCCAUAUUUGUGGCACAGGGACCAUCCUUCCUUAGUGAUGGAUCGACAGUUGACCCAUUUUCCAAUAUUGAAUUGUACAAUUUAAUGUGUUGGCUCACAGGUGUCAAUCCGGCACCUAAUGAUGGGACAUGGGGUGCUUUGUACCACUUGUUGGUGACCCAGCCACCAAAUCCAACUGAAAAUGAUAACAUCAUUCCUCACAUCCUGGACUAUCCCUUGAAUAAUCAAGGAUUGCGAACCCAAUUCAUUGAUCACCAGAAACGCAGAAGAGUUUGCGAUCUCCUGACUGGUAAUAGCGAUCCGAUUCAGAAUGCUAGGUUAAACUUGACGGAAUCUUCUGCAAAAGAAUUGGUAGAAUUGCACGCUCCAUGGGGUUUACCUGGCUCUACAACAGAAGGCGUGAAAGCCUUGAUCAGUCCUGACUAUAUCGUCGGUUUUAACGUGCGUGAGGGGAUACCAUCCUGGGUCUCGUACACGCUAUCGAAUAUUACCGAGUUAACGAAUCGUUCAGUUGUGUCAUCAUGGGGAGUGGAUCCACGUCUGAGAGUUCAAGAUGUCUCGAUUUGUGAUCGAUUUCAAGAACAUUCUCAACCGUCAUCUUUGCUACUGGCUCCUCUCUUCUUUCCAAACUUUUGCAGCUCGACAGAUAAUUCAGCAGAUGGUUGGGUAGAAACAAAUGCAAUUGAAAUUUCACCAGCUUUCGAAAAAUAUUGGCAAGACAUUGAAGAGAGGAUUGUGGAACUGUCCGGUAAUGCUGGACGAAUACAUAUUUUGGCCGGCCCUGUAAGGAAUUCCCCUAGUCCAGCAAUUUUUCUCGUUGUUUCCUACUGUACUGAGCUGAUGGCGUUGGGUUGCUCCGGAAAAGAAUUGGACGUUCAAUCUUUUCUGCUGCCAACUCAUCUUCACUACGGCCGUGAUUGUUUAUCUUCAAACCUUUUUUUACGUAGCCACUUGGCAACUGUCCGUGAUGUAGAACAGGCUUCCGGUCUCAACCUCUUCCAGUCCCUUACACGCGAGGCUAAGGUUCAAGUGUUGGGGCGCACUGUUCUGGCUUCUAAUUUGUUAGUCGAUCCACGCCCCAAGCUUUGGCCGAACGAUCAACUCGCAUCGAGUCACGCAGAUCAAUCCUCGUUACUUUGGAUAUUUACCUUAUUGGCACUGAUAGUAGUGGCUGUUGGGAAUCACGUCAUUGCUGCCAUUUAAUCCUAUUUGAGAAUGAUGUUUUUUGGAGUUUUAACUUUUUUUUGUUGAAAGCUCCAGACAUACCGAUAUUCAGUAACACUCUUUUCACCUAAUUAACAAUGCAUGAGGCGUUUAACUGUAGCAGUCAUCAUUUAGAUUGUAUUGAUUUUAUCUACAGCCAUAAGUUUUUAAAUAUAUCAACGUAUAUGGCACAACAA